UAAAGGGCUGGCUCCCAGACAGCCCAAACCGCAACAAAAAACAACCCAACCAGGGUGGGCGGUGGGGGAAACAGGAAGGAGGGCUCGAAACAAACCAAACAAGGAGCAAGAAACAAAAAAAGCGCAAACACCGGAGCCCGGAAAGCAACACAACAAAAUACAGGUUCACGACAGGCACAGGCGACCAGGAAAAACAGUUCAAACAAAAAGUUCAGGGGGCCGUCCAUGACGGCAACGACGUCCAGUCAUUGGCCUGGAAAGUGGCCGGACAGGACGUGCAGGGCGAGCAGGCCGGACAGGGCGAGCAGGCCGGACAGGACGUGCAGGGCGAGCAGGCCGGACAGGACGUGCAGGGCGAGCAGGCCGGGCAGGACGAGUAGGCCGGGCAGGACGGGCAGGCCGGAAGGGCGAGGACGUGCAAACGGAGGCGUGGAAGGAGGCCGGCACUGUCGAGGCGCAGGCGCGGAAGCCGGAGAUGGUGGCGCUGCAGGCGAUGCCGAUGAAGCGGGAGCUGGACCAGGCGACGCUGAAGCCUCGGAGGCCGCAGCCGGCGACGCUGAAGACUCGGAGGCCGCAGCCGGCGAGGACGAAGACUCGGAGGCCGCAGCCGGCGAGGACGAAGACUCGGAGGCCGCAGCCGGCGAGGACGAAGACUCGGAGGCCGCAGCCGGCGAGGACGAAGACUCGGAGGCCGCAGCCGGCGAGGACGAAGACUCGGAGGCCGGACGGGGCGAAGGCGAAGACUCGGAGGCCGGACGGGGCGAAGGUGGCGCUGCAGGCGACGGCGUGGGAGCCGCAGGUGGUGGCACUGCAGGUAACGGCGUGGGAGCCGCAGGUGGUGGCACUACAGGCGACGCUGAAGCUGGGGCUGGACCAGGCGACGGCGUAGGCGCUGCAGGCGCUAAAGCUGGGGCUGGACCAGGCGACGAGGCUGAAGCUGGACCAGGAGACGAAGCUGGAGCUGAAGCCGGACCAGGCGAGGACGAAGCUGCAGGCGACGAAACAGGUGGUGGCACUGCAGGCGACGGCGUGGGAGCCGCAGGCGGUGGCACUGCAGGCGACGGCGUGGGAGCCGCAGGCGGUGGCACUGCAGGCGACGGCGUGGGAGCCGCAGGCGGUGGCACUGCAGGCGACGGCGUGGGAGCCGCAGACGGGGAUGCUGCAAGCAACGAUGUGGGCGCUGCAGGGGGCAACGUAGGUGGUGGCUGAACGGUCUCCCCGGAACCGUCAAUAGAGAUGAGGAUGUGUUGGCUGGGUCCUACAAGACCCCCAGCCGACGAGGCAGGAGGCUGAACGGGCUCCUCGGACCCUCCAGCGGAGACAGGUGGCUGUGGCUGAACGGGCUCCUCGGACCCUCCAGCGGAGACAGGUGGCUGUGGCUGAACGGGCUCCUCGGACCCUCCAGCGGA